AUGUGCGUUGACUAUACCAGUCUCAACAAUGCUUGCCCAAAAGAUUGCUACCCCCUGCCAAAGAUCGACCAGCUAGUCGACGCCACGGCCGGCCAUGCCCGGCUCUCGUUUAUGGAUGCCUUCUCCGGGUACAACCAAAUCAGGAUGGCGCCCGAAGACCAAGAACACACCGCCUUCCUCACCGAGCAAGGGAUAUAUUUUUACAAGGUUAUGCCAUUCGGGUUAAAGAAUGCCGGAGCAACCUACCAGAGGACGGUGAACAGGAUGUUCGCCCACCAGAUUGGACGAAACAUGGAGGUAUAUGUCGACGACAUGAUCGUAAAGAGCCGAACGGCGGAGGCUCAUCCUUCCGACCUGGCUGAAACAUUCGACACUCUGCGGAAGUUCGGCCUGCGUCUCAACCCCGCCAAGUGCGCCUUCGGCGUGACCUCGGGAAAAUUCCUCGGAUUCAUCAUACACGAGAGAGGGAUUGACGCCAACCCCGAAAAGAUACAGGCCAUUAUUAACAUGCAGCCUCCUCGGACGAUCAGAGAACUGCAGCGCCUUAACGGGAGGCUAGUCGCUUUAUCACGUUUUCUCUCCCGAUCGGGAGAUCGAUGCCACCCUUUCUUCCAGGCCCUGAAGGAUCCGAGGAACUUCCGAUGGACGGCGGAAUGCGAAGGGGCCUUCGAGCAGAUGAAGCUACACCUGGCCAGCCUCCCUCGACUCGCCUCGGUCUCCCCGGGGGAGAAAUUGAGUCUUUACCUUGCCGCCUCCCGGCACGCGGUCAGUUCGGUUCUAGUCAAAGAAAACUCCGGCGAUCAACUGCCGGUCUACUACGUCAGCCACAUGCUGAGCGGGCCAGAAGAACGCUACCCGCCGAUCGAAAAGCUGGCGCUGGCACUCGUCCUGUCGGCGUGGAAGCUCCGCCCUUACUUUCAGGCCCACCCGAUAGAGGUAAUAACUGAUCAGCCGCUUCGGCUUGUUCUGUCCAAAUUCGACGUUGCAGGGCGUCUCCUCAAAUGGGCAGUGGAGCUCGGCGAGCACGACAUACAGUACAUGCCUCGGACCGCCAUCAAAGCCCAGUCCGUGGCAGACUUCAUUGCGGAGCUGACCCCGAAUACAGGCGAAGAACUCGAGCCACCGCGUGACACGUGGACCCUCCACGUAGAUGGCUCGGCCAACGCGAAAGGCGUCGGCGCAGGGCUGGUGCUGGUAACACCUGACGGCCGCUCGAUUGAGCGCUCCCUCCGCUUCGGGUUCAGGGCCACCAACAACGAGGCAGAAUAUGAGGCUCUCCUGGCGGGGCUCCAGUUGGCACUGGAAAUGCAGGUGACCGACAUACGCGUCAUCACCGACUCACAGCUGGUGGCUAGGCAACUCGACGGCGAAUACGAGGCCCGGGACCCGACUAUGGCAAAGUAUCUGGCACAGGUAAAAAGCCUUGCCGCCAAGUUCGCCUGUUUUGAAUUGUCGAAUGUCCCCAGGAGCGAGAACCAGCGAGCCGACACCCUAGCAAAACUGGCGUCCGGCCCGGCCCCCUGGGCUCGGCCCGAGACCGAAGAACUCCCCCGCCGAGCCAUAGAGGUCGUCGCCACCGUCGCUCACGGCACGCCGGCAACUUGGGUACAGGAGAUGCUACGCUUCAAGCGGGACGGGACCCUGCCCGACGAUGUAGCCACCGCUCGACGCUUGCGUCGGACGCAGGCGUGGUACACCGAGGAAGGAGGACGGCUGUACAAGCGGUCUUUCUCGCGCCCCUUGUUGCGCUGCCUGGAGCCGAGCGAAGCCUGGACGGUUCUGUCCGACAUGCAUGAAGGGGCCUGCGGAGAACACAUGGGCGAGCGAGCCCUGGCGCACAAGGUACUCCGACAGGGGUACUACUGGCCGACCAUGCGCCAGGACGCGAAAGCUUUCGUGCGGCGGUGCAGCUCGUGCCAGGAGCACGCCCGCACCGCCCGACGGCCGGCGGUCCUAUUCACCCCCGUCGACUGCGCCUGGUCAUUCGCGCAGUGGGGACUGGACAUACUCGGGCCUCUUCCGCCCGCCUCCGGCCAGCGGAAGUACAUCAUCGUGGGAGUGGACUACUUUACCAGAUGGGUCGAAGCCGAGCCCCUGGCAACCAUUACGGAGUCGCAAGUGGAAAGGUUCGUGUGGAGAAACCUCAUAACUCGGUUCGGCCUGCCCCAGUCCAUCGUCACCGACAAUGGACCUCAGUUCGCCGGCAGAAAAUUCCAAGAGUUUUGCGCCAAACACAAAAUUCAGCUGAGGUUCAGCUCGGUGGCUUACCCCCAGGCAAAUGGGCUAGCCGAAGUAACCAACCGGGCCCUCGUCGACGGCCUCAAGAGACGGGUAUCCGCUACCCGAUCGGCUUGGAUCGACGAGCUCCCAAGCGUCUUGUGGGCGCUUCGCACCACCCCCAAGACCCCGACCGGGGAGUCUCCCUAUAGCCUCACGUUCGGAACCGAGGCCGUGCUACCGCCCGAAGUAGCCGUCCCGACUCCGCGGACGACAGACUACAGCCGAGAAGCCUCGGGCGAAGGGCUCCGAUCCAACCUGGACCUGCUCGAGGAAAGACGGGCCAACGCACACCAGAAAGCUCUUUCUUACAAAAGAGCCGUGGCGAGGGUCUACAACCGGAACGUACGACCCCGAUCGAUAAAGUUAGAGGACCUGGUCCUGCGCAAAAUCGAAGUCAGCCACCCAACCCAAGUAAGGGGGAAGCUGGCCCCAAAGUGGGAGGGACCCUAUCGGGUCAUCGGAGUAUCCCGACCGGGGACGUUCCGACUCGCAACAAUGGGUGGCGACCCCGUGCCCCGGACUUGGAACAUACAAAACCUUAGGAAAUAUUUCGUCUAAAGACAUAGACACUACGCAAACACAGAAAAUCGGAGGAAAAGAUCAUCUUAUUAAAAAGGAGGGGAUACAGAAGCCAAAACCCAUACACAACCCUCACACCCUCGACCCCGAC